AUAAGAAACAAUGGACGGUCCUAAAUGGGAACGUUCUAUAUUUCUACGCUGACAAACGCGAAAAGGCACCAGGGCAUGUGGGCAGGAGAAACGGUGAAUAUCAACUACACAAGUGUGGAGAAAAAAUCUGCUUGAAAUCGCCACUCACCGUCACCACCAAGUACUUGACGAAAAUUGGCGGCUCUACCGCCAAAAUUACACUCAAGACUGGCACUACAGAAGUCAAGUUGAGGGCGGACUCUAUGGGCUGCAUGGAAUUGUGGAGAGCAUUUAUGUUCGCAGUUACGGAGUUCAAGGUGCCUGAAGAUUCGCACCUGCCCCUGGAAGAUUCGCAGCGGGUGCUCAAAGCCAUAGAGGCAGAGAAGAGGGCGAGGCUGGCUGAAGCGGAUUCUCCAUCACAGCUCCCCUUCAGCAGGCCAGGCCCAGAGACCCCAUCACACGCACUGCCGCCACUACCUGUACCAAAGCCACAAUUACCCCAACAAUCACCUCUGGCGAGGCCAACGCAAGGGGCUACGUCAGUGGAGACAGACAGUGAAAAUUUCUAUUCAGCAGAGUUGCUGUUUCCCAGAUGCUUCUACAAAGUGGAUCGCGUGGAGGCUGAGAAAAUGCUGCAAGAGCAUCCGGAGCUGGGCAACCUACUCCUCCGUCCAGCCAGCAACAACGUGGACUACUCCGUCUCAGUUUGCCACUUCCAGCCUCUGAACCGGCCUCAUCGACCACAACACUACAAAGUAACAUAUAAACAUGAACGAUACAUCAUUGAGCUGACUAAAAAAGUGGAGGUGAUGUCACUGCAUGGAGUCGUAGACUAUUUCGUCAAAGCCACCAACGGAAUGCUGACGCCAUACGUCCAACAAACCAAGGAUGUGCUUUACGAAGACGCGCUGGAAACUGAUUUAUACAUGGAGCUGUUUGUAGGCGCAGAGAGCGAACCGAAUUCUACGGGACAGCAACUGUCAGCUAAUAAGCUGAAACCAGUUUUACCACCGAAAAUUGUAUCAACAGAUAGAGCAUCACCAUCACCAUCCUCAUCCUCAGAAAAUGCUAAUAAGCCGAAACCAGCUUUGCCACCACAAAGAGUAUCCACAAUUAUCGCACCACCAUCACCAUCCUCAGAAAAUGCUAAUAAGCUGAAACCAGCUUUGCCACCACAAAGAGUAUCCACAAUUAUCGCACCACCAUCACCAUCCUCAGAAAAUGCUAAUAAGCUGAAACCAGCUUUGCCACCACAAAGAGUAUCCACAAUUAUCGCACCACCAUCACCAUCCUCAGAAAAUGUUAAUCACAGGAAAGCACUUAUGCCUUCAAAAAGAUUCUCCACAAAGACAGCACCAACACCAUCACCGUCCUCAGAAAAUGCUGAUCAAUGGGCACCUGGGUUGCCACCACAAGAUGUACCCACAAUGACAGCAUUAUCACCAUCACCAACCCCAGAAAAUGAUGAUAACUGGAUUCCAGUGUUGCCGCCAAAAGGUGUAAUCACAUUUAAAGAAGUAUCACCAUCCCCAGAAAAUGGAAUGGAUGAGCUCAAGAGAGCCAUUGGACUAAGGCGCCUGCAGAUUGAAGGAAUAUAUGAAUAGUUGGGGUCAUCGAUGAAGGCAGAUACUUGUAGAGACAACUUGUGGACUUGUACUUUGUCAACAGAAUAGUGUUGACCUUUGCUUGACAUACAGUGCUAACUGCAAUCUGAACAACCUAGCCGUGUGUUUUUUUAACAGACAUACACGACACUUAUUAUUGUUUAUGGAGAAGCUCCAUCGAUUUCUCCGUGAUUGUAAAUCAUACGCCUAGCAUAUGCAUGUCCGAGGUAUUGUGUAUAGAGUGAUUAUAUGGUAUUAUCAAUAUUUAACAGUCAUACGUUGCACACUCUUUGAUAUUGGUCGCGAAAGCUACGUGUUGAACUUUUUGUACAUGUUCAUCAUAUGCAUAACUUUGACCUAAAAGUCAUUAAAUGCAUCUACACACGAGAAAAGGUGAAAAUGUGACUGCCAUAAGCCACAUCAAAUCAAUAAAUACGAAGAACACAAAGUCUAAAGCAAACAUUGAGAGGGUCAGAUAACAAACGAAUAACACAUUCAUUAGUAAACACUAUAUUUUUUCCUUUCAAGGUAGUGUUAUUGACAGAUGUUUUGAGCUUUUUCUUACUUGUGCUUUUGCACCACUGCCAAUGCAGAAUCACCAAAUUGUUGAAAUGAGAGGCCCCGGGUUUACUCAUAACCAUAAAUGGGAAGGUAACUUUCCCCGCAAUUCAGCUGAAGCUCAUCUGUGGAAUCGCGGUGUGAGAGCAGCGACAUCUGCUGCGACGCACACACAGUCAUUUGUAAAAAUUCGAUUUGUAGCGAGAACCAAAUCCACCCAACGGAGGAAUAAGGCAAUACGUACUGCUGAGCAAUCGUCUAAUUCUAUAUACAAACGCAAUAUGCAUUACCAUGGAGUGCCAUGAAUGAAAGCAUAUGUAUUAGCCGAACUCGAUUCUGUGUCACCACAUAUAAAUCAAUAAAACAUAUCUUGCUUAAACUAAGGCUUCUUGACCCCGUUAGUCCAAGAGGGUGAUGAAUAGCAACAAACGUUCUAUAUGAAUGUUGAAGGUUGUUAAGGCAUUCGAUGGUUAUUUAGGCAUUGGGUUUAAGCUGUUGAAAUUACUUUGGUGCCACUGUGCAAUGGUUCUUGAUAGGCAGCCUCUAAAGCUGUGGAGCCGACGGAGUGAUGGGGCACGUGGUCAAUUCAUGCUCAUUAAGACCAUUGAAUGGGGGCAAAGCAAAGAUGCUCGGAUGGCUUAUGAGUAAAAAUGCAGUUUCCAAUUGUCCUUACAAACAGAUAUUGUGUGACGGAUUACAUGUUGCUUUAUUGACAACACAUGAAUACAAUAUUCAUGGCAUAAGUGUCCACAAUUAUUGACACUGAAUGUUAUUUUGAAUGUCAAGGCCGCGACAACGUUUUACAGAAUUAUAUAAAAUGUACUACUAGUA